AUGGUUGGCACUAAAGCCUUGGAGUAUAGUGGAGGAGGAGGGGGUGACACUUACAGUAAGUGGUGGUUUGAGAGACGUUUGUUCUUGAAUGUGACUUUGAGGACGGCUUUGUUUAGUUUGGCAAAGAAAGAGGUUGAAAAAAGACCAGACGGCAAGAGGACCCAGAUUAAUUUCACCGUGGCCAUCGAUUUCACAGCUUCCAAUGGUAACCCAGCCCAGCCCACCUCUCUCCACUACAUGAGUCCCUACCAACUGAAUGCUUACGCAAUGGCCCUGAAGGCAGUGGGAGAAAUCAUCCAGGACUAUGACAGCGACAAGAUGUUUCCUGCACUCGGGUUCGGAGCCAAGCUGCCGCCCGACGGACGGAUCUCCCACGAGUUUGCCUUGAAUGGGAACCCUCAGAACCCGUACUGUACGGGGAUCGAAGGCGUGGUGGAGGCCUACUACCAGAGUCUGAAGUCAGUUCAGCUCUACGGACCCACCAACUUCUCCCCUGUCAUCAACCAUGUGGCCAGGUAA